UAAUGAAUUAUCAUUUGCUUGGUACCCACGUGGGCUCUAUGAAUCCGACUUCAAUGGAGAUGCAUCUGUUUGUGGCCGAAGAGUUCGACACAGCCUACUAAACAACUUUAACAUGCGUUUCAAAUUGUUUACCUUGAUGUUCUGGAUCUUAAAUCAGCAUGUAAAGAGGUAGCUUGGUUACAUUUGGGCUGUUGGGGGUCAUUAAGGCAGUGCAAAAGGUAGACUGGCUGAAAGAGAGAGAGAGAGAGAAAGACAGAGAGAGACAGCCCUGCUGCUGCAGGGAACAGAGGGAGGGGGGGAAUGAGAGGAAGUUAGAUGCAUUUCCAGUAAGUCACCAUCAACCAAUCACAGCUCCUCACCCAGAUUGGCAGAGGGCCAGCAGGAUCAAGCGACACCAAGCAACCGAGGUACACAGGAGAUUAUAGAGAAGUAGAGCGGGAAGAGGCCAACAUUACAGACCGACUGAGGAAGAAUUGACAAGAAUCGGUUGAUUAUUUACCCCAGUGGUGAAGAGCAGCGUAGGUUUUUACAUCAGUUGAGUUUAGGGAAGAAAGGAAUAAACAGGGAAGACGGCAAACCUGGCUGCACUUCAGACCUGCCUCUGCCGGUGAGAUGGCGGUGAGGCAUAGGAUCUUAAACUCGACCAGACCGUUCUCAGGGCCAGAACAGAAGGGGUCUUUCCAAAGGUGCCCCAGCCCCGACGAGAGGACGGUUGAUAAGGAGGGGAUGAAGAGCAACGUGGAUAUGAUGGCGUGUUUUAAACCCGGGCUGUUCAAUGCCCUAACCAAGGGAACGGCGGAACAAGUGGGUGAAGCGGGUCCACAGGACUACCAGAAGAAUGCGUUCCUCAUAGCCCAGGCAGAAUGUGAAACCUCAGACUCCCAGGAGUUCAGCCCUUCCUGCUCCGAACGCCCCUAUGUCGCAUCCCCCAACUUAAUGAACAGACAUGGUUGCCGCGGCUACCCCAGUGCUUCCUCGGACCAGAACAACGUGGCCUCGUCCACUGCUGCCUCCGACCAGGACAAAGCAGGCUCCCGCACAAUCCGGCAGCCCAGGAGGAAGCCCAGGAAGAAACAGAAUCGGAAAGAGAAGAAGAAAGAUGCACAGAGGGAAAGUCAGAAGCCAAAGCAGAGAUGUCAGAAGCCAAAGCAGAGAUGUAGAGUGCCUUCUGGUGUUCCUGAGCAGGAGAGUCAGAGUUGCAGUUCGUCUCUACUCAUCCUGAGCCAUGAGGACUCUCUAGGGAGCCCGAGCUGCAACACGUCCUACAGCAUCCAGAUAUUGGACACACAGGACAAACGAUGCUCCUUUUACCCUCUCCAGGACUCCAACAGGGGCCCCAGUCUUCCCCCCCGAGGCUGGGGCCCCCAGGUGUUCAGCCCCCCCUCCAACCACCCCGCCUAUGGGCAGGAGAGUGACUCGGACUCCCCUGUCAGUAGUGUAGGAGACUUUACUCUGGCCCUGGCGGGGCUCCGGGGCAGUGUCAGCCAGGGGGACCGAUGCUACGCAGGUCCCUUCUGCAAAGAUGUAGAGAGGGAUGUGAGGGAGCAGGAGGAGAAGGAGGAGGGAGAAAUCUCAGUGGCAGACAUCAACGAGGGCCUGAUCUUUAAUGAGAACUUAGAGCCUGUGAAUUAUGAGUACAGGGAGGGAAAGGACUACAGCCUCUGCCACCCUAUCAAGUCUGGGUCAUACGGGGAAGUCUACAGUGUGAGAGACAACAGAACGCACUUCAGAUUUGCUGCCAAAAAGAUUCCCCUGGAGGGUUUCAGCAGUGAGGAGGUGGGCACGUGGAGUGCCCUGAAGUCUCCUCGCGUGGUGGAACUCUUCGGAGUGGUCAGAGAGGGACCUUACGCCAUCCUCUUCAUGGACCUAAAAGCUGGCUCUGUGGGCCAGCUUAUUAAAGACAGUGGACGGCUGGCUGAGGACCUGGCCCUGCACUACCACCAGCAGGUGCUAGGGGCGCUGGAGCAUCUGCUGAGGAGACGAGUGCUGCAUCUGGACAUAAAGGCGGACAAUGUGUUGCUGUCAGAGGAUGGGAGGGACACCUUUCUGUGUGACUUUGGACACUCGGAGAGAAUGGACACCCGUGGACAGAGCCUCAGGGCAUCCUGGGGAGAACUGAAGGGGACGGAGACUCACAUGGCUCCGGAGAUGGUGAAAGGGGAAGCCCGUGGAGCCAAAGCAGACGUGUGGAGCAGCUGCUGCAUGUUACUGCACAUGCUCAAUGGCUGCCAGCCCUGGACACGAUACUAUUCCCGCCCACUUUACCUCAAGAUAGCCAAUGAGCCACCGCCUCUAAGGGAGAUCCCGCCCGACUGCAGUCCCUUCACAGCCAAUGUCAUUAAGGCAGGACUACAGAAGGAGCCGAACGAGAGGGCCUCUGCCUCCGAGCUCAGGGGAAAAGUAGCCAGAGCCCUGAAAGAAGUGGGAGGACUCAGCAGCCCCGUCAGAGGGUGCUAUAAGGAGCCCCUUCAGUUAGACAGCAGCCCCAGUCCAACUGGCCAGCCCCAAUCGCCCUCCAGCACACGUACCUGCUCUGAGGAGCACUGUGAGCUAUGGCUGAAACAUCUCAGUCAUGGGAGGAAGAGGAAAGAGCUGGAGGAGGAGGAGGAAGAGAGUCAUGAACUGGAAGUUGGGCAGGAUGAGGAAGAAGUUGAGGGUGAGGCAUACGAGGAGAAAACCUCACCUCCAGGCUCUUCUCUCUGUCUGCUGGCACAACUCCGUGAUUGUCAAAACCCCAAGAUGGCUAACGCCACCUCCACCAUGUCUGAGCUUGAACUGCGCAAACUGGAAAGAGAUUUCUACCUGACCAGUCUGUCUCAGCUGCACACACCUGAAACACAGGAGCAACUGCUGUCUUGUCUGAGCAGCAGUGACUGCUACUCCAACAGGGACUUAUGGGACAGAAAGGAUUCUGGACGUUGGUCCAUCAACCCAGGUGAUGACCUCAGCUCCGGAGUGUUUUCCUGCAACAGCCAACCAGAAGGACAGAUCCUUAGUAUGGACUGGCUGGGCCAACACACACACCUGUCUCAACCUCAGUGCUUUCAGGGGGUGGAUGUCAGCAUCACUGGCGUUAACGGGCAGAGCAUCCAGAUCCGAGAGAAACGCAGGGUGAAGGUGGGCCAUAUUGCCACAGGGAUCAGUGACCAGAUCUCAGAGAGAGCAUUCACUAUGGAGACUCAGGAGGGAGACCCAGUUGCCCAUGAUGAGGAGGUGCAGGAAUCUGGCCUCCUGCUCCGCUGUGUCCUUGCUCCUGACUACAGUGAAGCGUGGAGAUGGAGGGUCAAAGAAGGCGUGCUGGAGACCCGCAACUAAGCCGUCAACGCCCCUCUCUCCUCAUUUACUAAUUAUGCAUAAGGACACUUAUGUGUGUAAACCAUGCUUGAGAUCAGUUCCACACACUGAGAUUCAUCGAUAUGAACGUUUGAGAAUGUUCGUAAAUAGACAGACAGCCAUGACCUUGUUGUCACACAGUGCCAAGUGGUGGAAUAAGGGAAUGGGUAGGAAAUGUUUGCUGUAAUAAUUAAAGAAUCGCUUUAUUUCA